UGCGUGACGUCACCGGAGGCGGAAACUGGUGGUAAAAAGCAGCAGAAGAAGCAGCAGCAACAGCAGCAGCCACUGCCAGCUGAGGAAACCGUGCAGAAGUCGAAUGAGGCGCCGCAGUAAGUGGGACCAGCCCGACGCGGGGCCCGGAGGCCCCGGAGGGAUGAAGGAGGCGGAGGCAGCGCCCUGCGGGGCUCUGGACGCUGCUGCGGCCGUGGCCGCCAAAAUCAACGCCAUGCUGGUGGCCAAAGGGAAGCUCAAACCCUCGCAAAUAAGCUCCCCGCUCCCAUCUGACAAGAGUGCGGGUGCUGGGAAGUCUCCUGCCCCCACAAAAGCCAAAGAUGACCUGGUGGUCGCUGAAGUCGAGAUCAACGACGUACCUUUGUCCUGUCGAAAUCUCCUCACACGUGGACAGACACAGGAAGAGAUCAGCAAAGUGAGCGGCGCUGCAGUUUCAACCAGAGGGCGGUACAUGACAGCAGUGGAGAAGCACAAAGCAAUGGCUUGGGACCGACCCUUAUAUCUGCAUGUUCAAGGACAGACAAGAGAGCUCGUCGACAGAGCAGUUAAUAGAAUAAAGGAAAUCAUCACCAAUGGUGUCGUAAAAGCUGCGACCGCUUCAUCGGCCGCUUCAUCUUUCUCCCCCAGUGGAGCCUCGGUCACCGUCUACCAACAACACAACCCACCUGCCCCUACGCUGCCCACUGUGACGAACCACAAACCUCAGUUUCAGUCAGGGAUGCAUUAUGUCCAAGACAAGAUCUUUGUGGGCCUGGAGCAUGCCAUCCCUGGGUUUGUGGUCAAAGAGCGAGUCGAGGGCCCCGCCUGUUCCUACCUGCAGCACAUUCAGGCCGAGACGGGGGCCAAAGUCUUCCUCCGAGGAAAAGGAUCGGGCUGUUUAGAGCCCACGUCUGGACGGGAGGCUUUCGAACCCAUGUACAUUUACAUUAGUCAUCCUAAAGCGGAGGGACUAGCAGCAGCUAAGACCCUGUGUGAGAAUCUCCUUCAGACGGUCCAUGCAGAGUAUUCCCGCUACCUUAGUCAAAUGAGCACAAUGAUGCCAACGCAACAAGGUUUUUCACAGCCUCCAGUCGUGAACGGGAUCCCUCCUCAGCCCCCCUACUACUCUCCAGCUGGUUUCCAGCCAGGCUACAGCGCGCCUGUCCCCCAACCCCAGACCCCCCAGCCCGUCCCACCUGCUUAUUCCGUGCCCCCUCCCGGCAUGCCUGCAGGCGUGCCUUCUCAGUACCCCGUCCGGCCAGCCCCCGCCCCUCUUCCCAGUCCGAUUCCCGCUCAUGUCGCCGUUUCUAUCGCUGCUCCUCCUCUGGCGCCCGUCCCCGCUCCUAUUCUGGCUCCAAUUCCCUCUCAAGCUCAAGAUGUCCUGCAGCAGACUCUCCCUCCUCUACAUUUCGCUGCGCCUGCAGCGGCGCCUCCCAAAGCUGCGCCUCAGAGCGCCCCGGUCAACCCGCCUCAGAAGAGACGCUUCACAGAGGAGGUACCAGACGAGAGGGACAGCGGCCUGCUCGGCUACCAGCAUGGACCCAUUCAUAUGACUAAUUUAGGUGCAGGCUUCUCCGUGGGCAGCACAGAGAGUUCAGGACCCGCACAGCAGAGUUCCUCCGGCCUGGCGAGUGAGAGGGACAGUAGGCACCUAAUGCCUCCACCAACAUCCCUGCGUGUGAAUGGAGUGAGACCCCAGAUGGAGGACAGGAGAAUGCAGCAAGGCUUUGUGGAGCCCGCUGUGAAGAGACUGCGAACCGGUCUGGUAGCGUACGCCGGCGACUCCUCUGACGAAGAGGAGGACCACUCUUCCUCCAAAGCCGCAUGGCUAGGUAACCAUCCUCCCACCUCUGUUGCUUCGACCUGGGCUCAGAGCUAUCGCUGCCCUCCGCCGCUGCCAACUCGUGCCAAAAUGCAACCCCAGCAGCAGCAGCAGUCCAUCCCUUUCUGGAUGGCACCGUGAAACGGAAAUGUCUCUCAGUGCUUUCUUCAAUCUUACAGGACCUCAUUCCCCCCCCCCCCCCACCCCACCCCGCCACUAAUCUCCUCUUGGAUCACAUGGAGGACAGCUUUUUUGACAGCUGUGCCUCUGUUUGAACAAUUAAUUCAGCUCUUGGAUCCAAGCGGGACACACUAAUAUUUUGUAUACAUUAUAGGUUGAAGAUGGACAUUUGCACGACUUUUGUUUGUGGAUCAAUAGAUGGCCAGAUGAGUGAUGGUCUGCCCUGCGUUUUACUUUUAAUUCAAGCAACAAUUUUUUUAAUUUUUUUUAUUUUAAAUGGUCUAAAGCUAUAGAAAUAUCAGUUUGAUGUUAUACAUCAAUGACCAUUUUAUUUUAAAGUAGUUUUUCCUACUGUUUGGCCCUUUUUUUUGUGUCUCUCCCUGUUUGUUUGUCAGUUUUCUCUCCUAAUUACUCUUUUGUACAGGUCAUACAGGAGUGGUGAACCUGCUAAAAUUCAUCCUUUUAUGAAAUAAACCUAAUUUAUUGGGGUGA